AUGGCUGCCCCCUCUGCAGAGCAGAUGGAAAAUGCCAUGCAUGAGGAAAAAUGUCUGUCAGGAAUGCAUAUAAACUGCAGACAGGCAAAGCUUCAUCCAUGUCUAUCUGCAUUUUCAGCGAGGGACUUUUCUUCACUCAUGGUUUCCAGUAUUUUUUUUUUGUUAUUUCUUCUCCUGAGCUUUCUCUCAUGCCUUACUUCUACCUUUUUAUUCUUUUUCUCUUUGUCAAUUUUUCUUUUAUUCUUUUCUUUCUUAUUUUCUUUUCUCUUUUUUUUUUUUAAUUUUUUCAUCCUCCUUUCUUUUUUUUUAUUCUUAAAAUUAUCUCUCGUCCUUUUAUUCUUUCCUCUGCCACUCUCUCUUUUCCUUUUAUUCUUUCCUCUGCCACUCUCUCUUUUCCUUUUAUUCUUAAUAACGUUUCUGCCAAACUCUCUCUUUUCCUUUUAUUCUUUCCUCUGCCACUCUCUCUCUCUUUUCUGUUUAUUCUUUCCCUCCAUACUAUCUCUUUCUUUUAUUUUUUCAUCCCCUAAAAUUUCUUUUUUAUUUAUUUUCCUCCUCCUCAUGUUCUUUUUUACUUUUCCUUGCCUAAAAAACUUUUCGUUUUUAUUCUUUCCUCUGCCAUUCUAUUUUCUUAAAAAUUCCUCUGCGAUCUUUGAAAUUUUUUUUAUUCUUUCCUCUGCAAUAUUCUUUCUUUUCUUCUUUUUUAUUCUUUCCUCUGACACUCUCUCUCUUCCUUUUAUUCUUUCCUCUGACACUCUCUUCCUUUUAUUCUUUCCUCCUCCUUUCUCUCUUUCUGUUAUUCUUUCCUCCUUCUCUCUCUUUCUUCCUGAUAUUCUUUCUCUCCCCCUUUUAUUCUUUCUUCUUUCUCUCUCACUUUUAUUUUUAUUUUUCCUCCUCUCUUUUUCCAUUUAUUCUUUCCUCCUCUUCCCUCUCUUCCUUUUAUUCUUUCUUCCUUCUUUCUCUUUUUUCCAUUUAUUCUUCCCUCAUUUUGUCUUCUUUUUUUUUUUUUUUUUCCUCCUCCUUUCUCACUUUUUUUUUUCUUUUAAAUUUCCUCUUCUUUACAAAUUGUAUUCUUCCUUCUUUUCUCUUUGCUUUUCAUUCUUUCCACUUUCUCUCUCUUUUCCAUUUAUUCUUUUCUCCUCCUCCUCAUUCUUUUUCUUUCAUCAAAGUCUUUUUCCUUCCUUUACUUUUCUUUCAUUUAUCUCCUUUCUUUUUCCUUUCAUUCUCAUUUUUCUCUACUUUUCACUUUUAUUCUUUCUUUUUUCUUCCAUUAACACUCCUUCCAUUUUUUUUUUUCUCCCUCCCAAAUUUUUCUUUCUUCCAUUCCUCCCUCAAAAAUUUUCAUUUUUUUCUUUCUUUUUUUUCCAUUCCUCAUUCCCUUAUUUUUUUUUUUUCAAAAUGGUUCCUUUUCUUUUUAUCUUUUUUUUCCCUUUUUCAUCCAUUGGAAAAAAAAUUCUUUUUCUUUUUUUCCAUUCAAAAAAUUUUCCUCCCUUCCAUUUUUCUUUUCUUCCAUUUCCUCCUCAAAUUUUUUUCAAUAAUUUUUUUUUUCCUCCCACUUUUUUUUCUUCCAUUCGAUCCUUCCACUUUUUUUCCUUCUUUUCAUUCUUUUAA